CUUCGUAAAAAGUUUAACCGAGCGUUAAGUUGUGCAAUUUCCUUACGUUUUCAUGAAUUUGGGUUUUGAUUAAUUUAUCAUUAUGAUUGAUUUAGAUUGGUGAAGUUGGUUGCGAGGGCAUUUUACGAUGAUAUUACUGCAAAAGGAGAUAAUCAACAUCAACCCAAAUCAGGGAGGAGCGAUAAUAGGGGAAUUGCUGUUGUUGUUCUUGACGCUCUUACGAGGACCUUAGUUUGUCCAUGAAAAGAACAAACAAUUGAUGAAGUAGGCUGGAAAACUAGGGUUUAUAUUUUUUUAUAUAUGCUCCUACCAUGGUGCAUUUAUCUUGUGUUACUUUAGACGCCAAUGGGUACACGAAGAAGAUUUAGCAAAAGAUUUAAAGUUGCAUUUAAAACAACUUCGCCGAACUUUACAGUUCUUUGAAGAAGAAAAACUUGUAAGCAGGGUUCACAUGAAAGAGACUGCCAAAGGUGCAAAAGCCUAUAGUGCUGCUGCUGCUGAUAGUCACCCUGGAAGAGAAGGAGAUGAAAAGGUUAAAUAUCACACUCACUCUUAUUGCUGUCUGGACUAUGCACAGAUACAUGAUGUGGUGAGGUAUAGAUUGCACAGGAUGAAGAAAAAGUUGAAAGAUGAAUUAGACAACAAGAACACAGUCCAAGAAUACGUAUGCCCAAAAUGUGGAAAAAGAUAUAACGCGUUGGAUGCCAUUCAAUUGAUCUGUUUUGAAGACGACUCUUUUCAUUGUGAAAUUUGCAACACUGAAUUAGUAGCAGAAAGUGACAAAUUAGCUUCCGAACAAGAUUUGGGAGAUGGUGAUGAUAAUGCAAGAAGACGAAGGCGUGAGAAAUUGAGAGAUUUGCUUCAAAAAUUGGAGAUGGAAUUGACGCCAUUAAUAGAUCAGCUUGGAAGAUUAAAAGACCUUGAAGCCCCUGAUUAUGGAACUCUUGAAACAUGGAAAGCUAGAGCACGUGCUGUUGCACGUGCAUCUAAUGCCAAUGAAUAUGAUCCUACUACAAAUGGACAUGGACAGGGAGGAACACGUAUGCCGUUUCUUGGAGAGACAAAGGUUGAAGUGGCGUUUUGUGGUGAGGAAGAAAAAGGGGAGAUAAAAUGUGAGGAUGAAGAUGAAGCUAUGAAAGUGUUGCCACCAUGGAUGAUUAAACAAGGGAUGAAUCUUACAAAUGAACAGCGUGGAGGUGUAAACCAACAAGAAUCAAAAAUGGAAGGAGGAACUUCUUCUGCAGCUGCUGCUAUCGAUUUCAAAGAUGACAACAAGUUGACUAGUCAACAGGAUGAUGUCAAGAAUCUUCAGGAUGAAUAUUUCAAAGCGUAUUAUGCUGCUUUACUUGAGAGGCAAAAAGAACACGAACAAGGCAUGAAAAAGGAACAAUAUUUAUCAAAGAAUAAUAAUAACUCUGCUGACGUGGAGGCCUUGAAUUCAAGAAAACGCCAACGUGAUGAUGACGUGGAAGGUGAUGUGGAAUGGGAAGAGACUCCAACUGCAGAUGAGACUUUCAAAGUUGACUUAAAUGUGGAAGCAACAGAGCCUUCAGGGGAUGAUGAUGAUGAUGGAAUUGAUUGGGAAGAGGGUUAAUUACUUACUAGAAAAAGAAAAGGAAAAAAAAUAACCUUGAAAACCUUCUACUUAUGCAAAAUUGAGUUUUUUUUAGAGAUUUUUCUAGAUAUGUUGCUAUUGUACACCUUUUUGUGAAUAUGAAAUGUUUAAGUUCUAACGAAAUACAAUCGUCUUACAUAGAUGAUUGUUAUCCAAUUGAAAAUUCAUCUACAAAAAAUUGAUGAUAUUAGUAUGUAUAUAAAAUUACAGUUUUAAGAAA